AUGGACGUGGUGGACGACAUCGAAGGCCAGCUGGAAGAAGUGUCGCGAUUGAAACGAUGGGGUCACUUCAACGAUGCGCUCGACUAUUUUCGAGUAAAUCUGGAAGAUCACCUAGACUUACCUCUUGUGGCCAUCGGAUACGCCAAUCUAUUGCUUGAGCAGGGUUCCUACAAACAAGUGGUUGACUUCAUAUCGAGUCGACAACCGCACCCUCCCAAGAGGACCAAAUGCAUUCCCAUUGGCAACGGUGCAGUUGGCCGAGACCUCUACGAAACACACAUCAAUUUGCUUCAGCUACGGGCAAGGCUUUCAUUUGAAAGUCUAUCGUCGAGAGAGCUGGAACUCCUUCAACUCGACUUCCACUCUUUUGUGCAGUACCUCGAAGAGCGGGCGUAUUCUCGACACGUGGACCGUCUCUCAAUUGCCCGAGGGAUGCCAAUUGACCCUACAGAGGUAAAAUGCACGGCUUGA